ACGACCGGACGGCCUCCUUAUCCGAGGCGAGCGGGACCUCCAGAGAGAGACGCUCACAGACAGUUCCGGUGAACUCGGCUGCUCGUUUUCUGACACACAUCUCCGCGGGGGAGCUCGGAUAGAGACGUGCCUCCGGUCUUUGGACUGGUGCUGUCACAUACGCACGGAUACACAAAUACGCAUUUAGACAACACUCAUUUCUUACACACACACAGAGAGAGAGAGAGAGCAGAGCAAACAGUCUCUUCGGUUCUCCCUCACUGGCACUCUCUCUCUCCUCCCUCCCAUCCACACACACACACACACACGCACACACGCACACGCACACACACAGCGCACCAGUAUAUCAGCGAGCGACUAGCGGCGAGCCAGAGGGGAGUGCAGAAAUGAAUGUGAAGAUUCUGACGCUGGUGAUUGUGCUCCUGGUGUCUCUGCUGUGUUCUGCCAGUGCUGGUCCGAUGGCCUCCACGGAACAUGGCAGAGAGCUGGAGGAAGCAGCUCCAGUGAGAAAGCUGGUCCAGCAAAGCCCCUCGAGGGGCGGUCAGAGCCACAGACCAGCCGGCUGGAAGAGGAGACGCCCACGGCCCCGUCUUUCCCACAAGGGGCCGAUGCCGUUCUAGAGCAAGGCACUGCUUUAAGCGCCCUCCCCCAGGUUCUGAUUUCUAUGCUCUUCCUUUGCCUUGGGGGGCCUUGCUGCGAAGGGCCUAUGCUUGCCCAGCCUGAAGAAUGAUGUCCAUAGCACCUGCUGGUUCUUCAAGCAACUCUCUCCACAAGAAAAAAAAAAACAAAAUCAAAACAAAAGAAAAAAAAAAUCAGGACAAGCCGCUCAACCCUCAGCUCUACGCAGGAACGGGGGGAGGGCCGUGAUGGGGGGUGGGGAGUUACUGAGCCCCGAGCUAUACGAUUCUAUUCCUCUGUCACCUUAAACGACUUGAUCUAGCUCUGUCUUCUCCCAAAUGUUGUUUUUCUUCUCCUAUCAUUUGCUUUUUAGACACAAUCACAGUGGUCUCCUUGAGAGUCUCACACACGUUGCAUGACAUGCGGCCAAGAGGGAGGAGCCCGGUUCAAACUCUCUCGCUUACAGAAUCUUAGAGCAUCUGGCACUUCUCCGUGGUGUGGUUUCCUCAUCAAUGAGAUUUAAGGUCACAGCGGCCCGCGAUGUCGCGCUGUAGCAGCUUAAUGGCUGCGCUAAUGGUCAGAGGGUGCUGACGAAACAACGGUUAAUUAGUCAAGGAUUAUUAUCAUUUGAUAGCUUGGAUGUCUACUGCUUAAAGGAGUCAACAGUUUCAUACUCAAUGAGAAAGGCAGGAGUGUUGCAUCUUCCAAUGACAUCCACAUGCACCAUCAAUUUCAACUGAAACAAGAGCACACAUAUUGUCGAAAUAAUUGAUACAAGUGACAGAACUUCUACAAUACUUGGGAGAUUCUGUAAUAUGAAGCUAGUUUGCCGCUGGGAAACUGCGCUCCAAGUCUUAGUAUCGGCAUGUUUCAGCUCGGAUGAGUCUUAAACCCAAAAUCCCUUUCCCGGUCCAUACCUAAAAAAAAAAAAAAAAAAAAAAAAGUCUACCACCUUCUUGCCACACGACUGUUAACUGGCAGCGGCGGUCUGCGCCACUGACAGGCCCGCCUUGCCUUUUAAUGAAGUGCCAAAUAAUGAAGCCGCUCCACAAAUGCUGCCGGGAAGGGAAGGAGUUACCUCUAUUUUCAAGUCAUGAAACACUGACACGCAUUUGAAGUAAGGGGUGAAUCAACGUUGGGCCCGAUGAGUUCAAUUAGACUAAAAAAAAAAAAAAAAUGAGAACGCCGCCACGACCCUGGCCGAACACUCCCAGUUUGGAUCAGCCGAAUUGUAAACCUUCAAAGAGGUCAUCGAUCCUGGAUGCCUGGAUUUGUUCCCCUCUGCAAUAUUCAAUGAGAAAGUGUCCAAAAUGUGAAAUCUCGCAGGAUCCACGCCCACUUUUACCAGGUUUUUCCUUGGCUCAUGAUUAGUCCAUCACUAAUGCUCCUACUGUCUAAUCCUACAGCUGCUUUAAACCUUUGACCAAACGAUAUACUGUAUGCCUUUCCAUCAUACUGGAAUAGAUCACUGUUUAUCUAUUAUCUGUGUUUAAGUCUUUAUUUUUCUCAGGGUGCUAGCAUAGAGGCUUGUACUAAAGCAGUCAAUCAUAUAAAACAAUCAGAGUUUGGAACAUUUAAAGCUUAGAUCAACAUAUUUUCAUAAACAGCAUUACUCUCAGUGCGUGUAGUACAAUAUAACCGUUUCCACGUCGCGGCCCUUUCCAGUUGUGAUCUUUUGCCUACUUCGAGUCGGGUACAGUUGCCUUGCCAGUCGGCCAGCUCUUCCAUGGCACAGGUGGUCCGGGCUUUGAUCCUAACCCUCAUUAAACCUCGGAGUUAAUCUUUCUCAGAUGGAUCUCCCCGCGGCUGACCGGGGCCACGUAGUCUGAGCUCGUUGGUUAAAUUGGCUUUGACUGGAACCCCGGCCUCCCCCUCCACCCCCUCGACGCCCUCCGUCACUCCAUCGCCGGGCUGGUUCAGUGUGCAACCGUGUCAAACACCAAAACGUUGCGUCAUUUGUUAGGCUUGAGGACCAAAGCGCAAGAUCCGAUCUAGGAUACGUUUUGAUCUUAAACCCAGGUCCCCACUGUUUCUCUCUCUGUCGCCGUGUCUCAUGCAAAUAUGUUGAAUCAAAUGUACAGGCUUGCAAGCCUUUAUUAUGAGAGAAUUAAAAAAAAAUUAAUAAAAUGUCACAGUGGUAGUGGACACUGCCAAGAUUAUAGCUUGAUUAAAAAUGUAUUAAAUCCUUGGGCACCGUGAAGUGCAAUAAUUCCAGUUGCACCAUUAUUUUUUUCAAACCCUCUCAGACAGAGAUGUAGAUUUCAUUAAAAGUGCUCGGGUGCGAGGUUGUCGGGGAGGAUAGCUGAGGGCCGGAAGUUCUGAUGCCAGAAGUCGACCGGGUCACGAUGACGCGUUCAAAUCGAUAUUCGCCGGCCCGCCCCCCCCCCCCCCCCCCCAUCUGGGAAGUUAUUGUAAACGGAACCAAACGUCUGUAUCCGCACUGUUCUUCAUGAAUGUAUCCUCGCCAUCGGCAUCGGCCGCGUUGCCCUUCAAGAGACCGGAGCAAACCGACGUCAGCCCCAUUUGGAAUCUUGCUUAACUGAAUCCAAAAUUCCAAGCCAAAUAUCCCGCUGAUCCAAAGUGUCCGGUUUGAAGUCGUCUCAACAAAUACGCGUGGCUUUGCUCCAAGGCCUCUCUGCAUGGGUUUGCCAGGCUGCACUUUUGCAAUUACAUUAUGCUGCUGGAAAAAUACACCCUGAAAACAAGAGUCUCUUGGCUUGGAAUGUGUUUUUUUUGAUUUUUCUUCUUCACUGUGUUGUGACACAUUUUUUGUUGUCUUCUUUUUUUUUUUUUUGGGGACUAGCUGGUGGUCCAAAGCUUACCUUUUUGACUACAGUCUGAAACGUUGUAUCUUUUUGUGGAUGUAACAAAAUAGAAAAAGUAGUCUGCAGCACAAUAUGUCGUGGACACGUGAAAGCUUUCAGGCAUCCUCCUUUUUUUGUUGUAGAUCUUAGCCCGGAGCACAUCAGAUUAAUGGGCCUUGUGGUGUGGAAGGACAAGCACGUUCGGCCUCGGGCUGCAACGGUAAACCGAUACAUUAUGCUCGGGGAGCUAAACCAUUUGCCCUAAUGGUCUUUUCCAGCAAGGCUUACGCAAGAGAAACCAUUCCUCGCCUCUCAAUGUUUCCUCUCCGGUUCUUCUUCUCUGUGAGCAUCACGAGGCCUGAGUAAUGUUCCUAUGCACUUGUUAGCAUGUUUUCCUGCUAGAAAAGGUUUCUUCUGACACAUCCCCCCCCCCACGUUCUUUUCGAUGCAUUUGUUUUGUCCAUAAGGAUUUGACCGGGAUUGAGAUUUUACAGUAGGCGUGUGUUACUUACUAGUGAAGACACACACCCUUCACAAAAGAAGAUUUGCUUUAAUCCCACGAUUAUUUUACACUUUGAUUUAUGGAACGAUCUGAAAUUAGAGACGAAGGUCGGCACAUGAGACAUUCUAUCAUUUUCCCAAAAUGCAUCCUGUUUCCCCUUCAACGCGGGCGAUAUUCAAUCCCGUGCAUUCCCAUCGUCUGGGCCGCCCAAAGGAUAACUAGGUUUGAUCUCCCACGGGAAACGACAUUAUCUUGAAGCCUGGCAAAUGAGACUAGAAUUCACCUAGGAUAGCGCACAGGCUCCCCUCCUGCGCUGAUUGCGACACAUUCUCCAUCCGCGUGAAAAGUGUCGUGUCAAUUGCAGGCUGGAGUAACGGUGUUACUUGGUCUCCAGCAGAAAGACAAUGUAUUACUCCUAUAUUCUGUUUUAAGGUGUGUGCUCAAUAUUACUCACCAGGCCAAAUGUACAGUCCCCUGUCUCUGUUUUGAUGUUGAAGUGGGCAAAAAUAAAUGACAAAUAAAAUAAAACAAGUGUGUCAGAAA